CCGGAAGAGAAGGCGGUCUCUUUCUCGGCCCGGCCAUCUUGUGGGGACGAGCUGAAGCAGUCGCCGUCGGCUCGGCGCGGCCCGCUGCAAUCCGUGGAGGAACGCGCCGCCGGGGCCCCAUCAUGCCCGGCCACCUGCAGGAAGGCUUCGGCUGCGUCGUCACCAACCGGUUCGACCAGCUAUUUGACGACGAAUCGGACCCCUUCGAGGUGCUGAAGGCGGCCGAGAACAAGAAGAAGGAAGGCGGCGGCGGCGGCGGCGGCGGCGGGGGCGGCGGCGGGCCCGGGCCCAAGAGCGCGGCGCAGGCCGCGGCCCAGGCCGGCGCGGGCGGCGGGGGCGGCGGGGGCGCGCCCGGGAAGCCGCUGCGCAAGGAGUCGCAGAAGGACCGCAAGAACCCGCUGCCGCCGCCUCCCGCGCCCCCCAGCGCCGCCGCCGCCGCCGCCGCCGCCGGCUCGGCCAGCGCGGCCGCCAACGCCGCGGACAAGAAGGACGAGGCCCCGCCGCCGCCCGCCGCGCUCAAGAAAGAAGGGAUAAGACGAGUUGGUAGAAGGCCUGACCAGCAACUUCAGGGUGAAGGAAAACCAAUUGACAGGAGACCAGAAAGGCGACCACCUCGUGAGCGACGAUUUGAAAAAUCAAUUGAAGAAAAGGGUGAAGGAGGAGAAUUUUCAGUUGAUAAGCCUAUCACUGACCGGCCGAUCCGAGGUCGUGGCGGUCCUGGAGGAAGAGGCCGAGGUGGGCGUGGCCGUGGAAUGGGCAGAGGAGAUGGUUUUGACUCUCGUGGAAAGAGGGAAUUUGAUAGGCACAGUGGAAGCGAUAGAUCUUCUUUCUCACAUUCACAUUUCAGUGGUCUGAAGCACGAGGACAAGCGUGGUGGAAGCGGUUCGCAUAAUUGGGGAACGGUCAAAGACGAGUUAACAGGGGGCCCCCAUUACAUUCAGAAACCAAUGUCUUAUAAUUGCAGUGACUUGGAGCAGACCACUGUGACCGAGGAGACCCCUGAAGGAGAAGAGCACCCAGUGGCUGAUACAGAAAAUAAAGAAAAUGAAGUGGAAGAGGUAAAGGAGGAGGGCCCCAAAGAGAUGACGUUGGAUGAGUGGAAGGCGAUUCAGAACAAGGACCGGGCCAAAGUAGAAUUUAAUAUCCGCAAACCCAACGAGGGUGCUGAUGGGCAGUGGAAGAAGGGCUUUGUGCUCCACAAGUCCAAGAGCGAGGAGACGAAGGGAAUGGCAGAGGUGCAGGGGAGCCCUGUGGAGUCGAAUGAGGCUCACACCGAAGAAUCUGUGAUGGAUCAUCACUUCCGUAAGCCCGCCAAUGAUAUCACAUCCCAGCUGGAGAUCAAUUUUGGAGACCUUGGUCGCCCGGGACGUGGCGGCAGAGGCGGGCGAGGCGGGCGUGGACGUGGCGGACGGCCCAACCGCGGGAGCAGAACUGACAAGUCCAGUGCUUCCGCCCCUGAUGUAGAUGACCCAGAGGCUUUCCCGGCUCUGGCCUAAACUGGACGUCCUCAGCCAGCCCCAGCUCCUUUGUGGACCCUCCUCCACGAGGCUUGCAUGCUUAACAAUCCUACACAACUCAGAAAUUUUAAAAAAAGACUGUCCUUCAUGCCAUUCACACCUAAAGACUGGAUUUUACCUGUUUUGAAAAUGGACUUCUCUCGCUACACAGAAGCAGCGAUAUGGUAGUCAGUUUUGUAUUUAGAAAUGUAAUGGUAGCAGGGAUGUUUCCAUCAUUUUCAGAGGUUAUGCGUUCUUCAUGGAUACUUUUUUGUAUUGCUGCUUGCAAAUAUGCGUUUCCAAACUUGAAAUAUAGGUGUGAACAGUGUGUACCAGUUAAAGCUUUCCUUUCAUUUGUGUUUUUUAAUUAAGGAUUUUAGAUGUUUUCCCUCAACGACAAACUGGUUUUAACUAUGGACGUCGUUUGUUUUCUUUAGUACCUGCUUUGCAGUUUGUCACAUGUGGUCAAAUGGGACGUGUAUGCUUAAUUUGGCAAACGGGAUGCUGUGUGGAAUACUAACUUCUGGAGUAUUUUAACUUAGUCUUAAUAAUUUCAGUCUUGGAAGGACUGUUGUGGUAGCUUUCAUGUAUGCUAGGUGUUUAUAUACAGACAGUAUCAGUACUUGAAGAGAUUCCAAGCACAUUGGUUGUCACAUAACUCUUGAUCCAGCAGGAAUGCAUGGUUCAUUAGGCAAAAGUUAGGCCUUAUUCACCCUUCCAAGUAUCUACACUUUGAUGUGAAACUUUUCUCUUUCAAUUUAAGAAAAAGAAACCAGUUAGAGUCCUUGUUUGGUAAGUUGUUUAAACUACUUACUGUUGGUGAGACAAAUUAUCCUGUCAUGUAAGAUAGGUGGGGGUGGGGUGGGGUGGGGUGGGAAAAGGGCUUGCUUUGGUUAAUGCAGCAUAUUUGAACUACUGCUGAAUACGUGGCCAGUCGGUAUGAUUGAGUUGUGUCCAAGGCUGAUGAGAAAAUGUGUAUCUUUCCAUUAUCUGGAAGCCUUGUUCUGAAGAAACCAAAAGGCGCUUGCUAGGGAAAAAGGAGGGAAGAGUUUAAUUUCCUGAAAGAGAAAAGCAGACUGUUUUGAAAUGGUGGGAACUACAGCAUGCCGCCUGAAAUACAUGCCAAAAACCUCUUACUGUUUUCUGCAUUUGCUGUAUGACUUCUGGUAUCCAGUUGCUGACAGAUGAAUGUGUUUGUUCUCUCCCCUCCCCUCCUUGAGAACUUCUCCCCUUCUGGAAAAUUAGGUUAAUAAUUUAUCCCUGUGAACAGGAGCAUCACCACUUUCUAAAGACUGAGCUUGGAGUUAGCAACUAAUGUUUGGGGGCGGGGGAGGGUUUGCCACAUUUGUUAGGCUAAUAGGAAAUAAUUUUCAUUUAAUGCUAAAUACUUUAAACAAGUUGUUUGUAAAUUUUUUUUUUACCAAGAUAGAAAAACAAAUAAUGCCCUAUUUUUAAAAAAUGAGAAGGAGAGGCCGAGCCAACUAUUAGAGAACUUUGAAUAUGAAAACUACAAACUCUUUGGCUUGCUUAACUAGGCCUUUUCUACAGAAAAAUUGCUUGUACAAGAGUAUUAACACACGUGGAUUGAUUCUUAAAUGCAUUCACUUCACUUAAUCUCUAGAAAGGAGUGUAUACAGUCCAGGAAGGAGCUAGGUUUUCUCUUUCGAGUGAUCUUUCUGUGCUGGUGUUAGUGGAUCUCGACACUUAAGCAUGUUCUUUCUGCAUUGGUGCUAACAGAACAGUCUCCUUCAAGUACCUGAUAUGGAGAGGCGUAAAUAGAAAUCCUCUGGGGACGCACAGACACAGCCUCAGCUGAUGGGUGUGGUGGUGGCUGCUUAGGAACAUGGUCUACUGGCCCAGCGACUUGGUGGCUCUGUUUCCAAAGCACAGAUGUCUCAAACUGCUAGUCAUUCAGAUAGCACUUUCUUGUCUCCACCUUUAUUGGUUACUGUUUUCAUUGUCACCUUAGCCCUUCAGACUUCUAAUAUGCAAGCAAAUAAAGGCUUGAAUCUAUGGUUCUGUCCCAGAAGCAGCCUCCCUGUUGACAAACCAGACCACAGAGCAAUAUUUGCGUUAAUAUGUCACAUACAUAACGAUUUUCAAGCCAGUGUGUACUUUAAAGUUGGUCGAUCUGUUUCUCUGAUAGAUGUAAAUUUGCCUCUUGGUUCAUUUUGUGUCUCACUAAAACUGUGAACAUAUCUCUUUGGUGGGUAAAAACUGAAAAUAAAGGUUUAUUUUCAUGCUCUCUUUAAAAA